GGGACAUUCCACAUGCCGCUGAAAUCAAAACGAGAAACCAUACAUUAUUAUACAAAUUACAACAAAAAAAAAACAUAACAGUAUAUAAGGAUAAAGAAAUUUUGGUAUAUGGAACAGCAGAUGAUACAAUAAUAAGAACUGACACAAAUUGGUGUAAAUAUAAGUCUAUAAAUAACACUAUACAACCGCGCUUUGAAAUCUGGAAGAUAUUUGCAACUGCAUACAUAGAUACAUAUGUAUGUACGUAUACGGAGCAGCACGAGUUGACGCGAAAUACAUUGUAGGUUGAACAUUUGUCCGUAUGCAGACAAUGGAUGGCAAUUACAAAAAAAAAUAAAUAAAACAAAUUUUAUUCGCAAAAGUGCAACAACGUAAACAAAUUCAUAAAGCAACCAAUGACACAUAGUUUCAGCGAAAUCGUCAUAAAUAAGUAGCGCCUAAGAGGGAAGAUUUACUAAAACAAAUUUUUAUAUUUUUUUGUACACGAACAAUUUUUUAAUUUAGUUUCCGAGAAUCAACAAACUAAACCCAUAACAAAUGUAGGUGUAUUAGUAAGCUGCAGACUACUGCCACUAUAGCGGUUAUUCGCCACAGUGACAAUUGAAAUUGUGGGCGCAAAGCAGAGCACAACAUCGUAGGUGGGUGUAUGCCGCGUUAAUGAGUUUGUGGCAUGUUAGAGACGAACAGUAUGAAUGCUGGUGACGCGUGUAAUCACAAUGUGUUGACGAUGGCGACGACGUAGUUGAUGGCGCACAGUUUGAUUGCGGAUUUCGCGUGUUCAGUAGUUGCAGAAACAUGCCUUUGAGCUAACACAGCAAAUAUAGUGAAGUGAUAGACAAGUUAGGCAAAUAUUGUUUUAAUGUGUAAAACAAGUGGAGACGACAAGAAAAAUCAAAUAUUAAGAUAAAAAAAAUACGCAUUGUAAAUACAAAUAUUCAGAAAGCAGACAAAAAAAUAAUUAUUUUUUAUUUUCAUACAAUCGGAAAAACUGUUUCUUUCUUUUCAUUUUGUUGAGCUCUUUUAAAGAUAUUGCUUGUGCAAAAAAAUAAUUUGUAUAAAAAUUUAUUUCGUUUUGAAAACAUAUUAUUUCACACUACUACUUAACUACAAUUAAAUAAAAAUAAAUUAUUAUACCAAUAAAUAUUAAAUAAAAUGCGCAUUGCAUUCGGCAACAGUUUUAGUUACAUUUCUUUGCUGCUGUUAAAUUUUUUAUUGCUCUCCAGCAGCGAGGCGCAGCGCACCGUCGGCGCACGCGGCGUGUUGCGUAGAAACUACACGGGAAAAAAGCCAGUUGUCAUACAACAUCGCUCACAGGAUGCCGUCAAUUAUUACGAUCAUGAAAAUGGCGCCAAAAUAAUAAAAUCAUCACAUUUUGAAUUGGAUUAUACGUUGGGAAGAAAAAUCACAUUCUUCUGCAUGGCUCAGGGCAACCCGCGGCCCACAAUCACUUGGUUCAAAGAUGGCGCCGAAUUGUAUCAGCAUCGAUUUUUUCAGGUGCACGAGUCACACAUUGAUGCGGAUAUAAUCAAAUCGAAAAUGGAAAUCGAUCCAACCACACAAAUGGAUGCAGGCUACUAUGAAUGUCAAGCGGAUAAUAUUUAUGCAAUCGAUAGACGCGGCUUUCGCACCGAUUACGUUAUGAUCAACUUUUAGUACAUAAUAUUUCUAAAUACAAUAAUUUUGUGUGAAUUGAUUUUUUCUAGAAAAUGUAUACGAAUAAUUAUUGCACGUAAUAAAAAAAAAAGAAAUAAGUACUCACAGCCAA